CUCCCCUUUAACAGCUUGAACUGAAGCUACCGGGCUUAUUCCCUUUAACUCCCUGUCGACCCUCCUGCUCGGCUUUUCUCAAGUUAUGUUUCAACUGAGGGCAACACGGAGGCUGUAACACAAGUAAACUAACAAACCCACCAGGCCAGCAGAGUCACCUUCCAUCAUGUCUCCAUCAGCCUGUUGACACUGACUGCUUCCCCCGGCGCCGUGCAAACAAGACGGAGGCAGCUGGAGGCUAGCCAGCCAGCUAGCAUGCAGCAGUUGCCCUGUGUUUCCAAGAGGCGGCGCUGCUGAGAGGAGAGCGGACGGGGGCUGAGAGUGUAGCUGCUGUCUCGGGCCAUGGAUGACUUCACCACCAGGACUUACGGCACUAGCGGCAUGGACAACAGACCUCUGUUCGGGGAGACCUCGGCACGGGAUCGAAUCAUCAACAUGGCAGUGGGGGGAUUCACGUCUCUGGUUGUUUUAGUGACUGUCAUCAGUUCAUUUGUGUUCCCCUCGCUGCCUCCACGACCGCUUAAUGUCUUCUUCGCCGUCUGCAUCCUGUUAGCCUGCGGAUCCAACUUAGUGCUGAUCUUCUGGUACCGGCAGGGCGAUCUGGAGCCUAAAUUCAGGAAUCUGAUCUACUUCAUGCUGGCGUCCAUCGUGCUGCUGUGUCUAUGUGCCAACCUGUACUUCCACGACGUCAGGUAAAGACGGAGACGAGGAAAACGGGGGAGGAAGAAGGGAAGACAUGGCCUUGACAGACACAUUCAUAGAAGGACAGACGCACGCAGAGUGAAGGAAACUCAACACUCGUUAAAUGUGAACGAGCAAAAUGAAACAAACUAAAAAAAAAAGAUCUCGGACCAAAAACCAGUGAAUCUUGCUGGUUCAGGUGGAAGGAAAACUGUGGGAGCUGAGAGGUGAAGCUCUGCACACAAACAUGGGAGAUGGAAGAGGAGACUCACAGCUGAAGGAUGAACUUUGAGGUGAAGCAGGUGUGUUUACAAGCACAUCGAACAUUCACAGUCUUUCACAAAAACAAGCACUUAAACUGAAAAGAAAUGGGUCUGAUAUGAUUAUGCAACAGUUAAAGGAAAAAUCUGCCCUUUUAUAAUGUUUAUUUAAACUGUUUAAUAUUGUGUUGUUAGGAAUUUAUGCUCGUCUCCAAAAAACUGCCAGGAAAAAAGGGGCCAAACUGGUGCUUUCAUUCAUUGCAGAGGCUUAUUGUCAUGCUACAUAAAAAUCUAAAUCAUGCCAAAUAA